ACUCCACCAUUCCAUAUCUGGUUGUUGGUCAGAUAGGCAGAUUUUGUUAAGCAAAGCUCCUUUAGUUAAAGUUAGUAAGACUCCCACUGCAUUUUAUUAUCAGCACUAAUUUAAUAAGCCUUGUGUCUGCCUGGUGCCUGCCUCUGUAGAGAAUUGAUUAACUCAUAAAACUAAACUGUGUGCAACCAACUCCCAACACACACAUUUUGGAAAAUAGUAUUCACAUUACCUACAAUUCACCACUGACGCUAUGCCUUCAGCAAGGAUUCUCAUUACCGACCCUGUCGACACGGUCUGCGCCAACUAUUUACAAAAGAAUGGACUUCACGUCGACCAAAUCAAGUUGACAAAGGAGCAGCUAAUCGAAAAUAUUAAGAACUAUGACGGCCUAAUUGUUCGAUCAGAGACAAAGGUCACUGCCGAUAUCUUGGCAGCUGCAACUGGUCUCAAGGUCGUGGGAAGGGCAGGAACCGGUGUGGACAAUGUCGACUUAGAAGCUGCGACCAAGAAGGGCAUCUUGGUUAUGAACACUCCGGGUGGGAAUACGCUCAGUGCAGCCGAACAUACGUGUGCCUUGAUUGCUUCAAUGGCAAGAAACAUUCCACAAGCCUGUGCAAGCUUGAAGCAGGGCGCAUGGGAUAGAAAACUUUAUUCUGGACAUGAAUUAAGUGGAAAGACUUUGGCAAUUUUGGGUCUUGGAAGGAUCGGAAAAGAAGUCGCUCUACGAAUGCAAUCAUAUGGGAUGAAGACAAUUGGUUACGACCCCAUUAUUCCGGCUGAAGUCACCGCCCAAUUUGGUGUGGAAAGCAUGGACUUGGAAAAAAUUUGGCCGGUGGCUGACUACAUCACGGUGCAUGUCCCUCUCAUCCCUCAAACUAAACAUCUUAUCAAUGAUGAAGUGUUCAAGAAAUGCAAACCUGGAGUCAAAGUGGUUAACGUGGCGAGAGGUGGAAUUAUCGAUGAACUAAGCCUACUGAAAAACUUGAAGAGUGGCCUUUGUGGUGGAGCUGGUCUAGACGUUUUCGUAGAAGAGCCAGUAAAGAGUGAAUAUUACAAAGAGUUGCUUGCCCAUCCAAAGAUGGUCUGCACUCCGCAUCUCGGUGCAAGCACUUCUGAAGCUCAGUUGCGUGUCGCUGAAGAAAUUGCUGAACAGUUUGUCUCCUUCUUCAAAGGUGAAGGUUUCGUCGGAGCUGUAAACGCAGGAAGUCUUCUGACAGCUAUGGAGGCACAAAACGUGAAAUGGGUGAACUUGGGGCGGUCACUCGGGAUCUUUUCAUCCAUUUUGGGAUCCGUGAGCAAAUUUGACAUUAUAACUCAUGGCUCUGACACACCUGACAUCAAGUUUUUGGAGAGCGCCGUAGUGUCUGGAUAUCUUGUUGGCGAAUUAAAUGAUGAGUCCAUCAAUUUAAUUAACGCUGGUUCUAUCGCCAUUGACAAGGGAAUACAAUGCACAGUAAACAAAGGACCCCCGCCUUCUCCCCCUUCUAUGAAGUCCCUUAGGAUAGUGGCUACAACGAACAAGGGGAUUUUCACCUUAAUCGGACGAGUCGGUAGUGACACCCUUGGAUUGCUAACUGAAAUUAAUAACAACAUUUUCGCUGGGGGAUUGCCUUUGGAUGGAACUAUGGUAUUCUUCACUGGAAACUUAACCCCGCCUGGGACUUGUUUCGCUCGCAUUGAUGAGGCCUUAGCCCAAAAGGAUUUAACGGCGAUUUCCGUCUUCCGAUCCAAUACUGUCGGACAGAUUGGAUGGUACGCUGCGAGAUUGGCAGAUGAUCUAUCGGAAAGGGUCGAGUUAUUGUCUUCAGACGAUUUCCGAUACUUGGGUUGUAGGAACUUUUUAUAUCAUUCAUACGCCCUCUCAAAGGAUUCUUCUGAUGAGGACUGAGAUUAUUUGUGACAUGACCAACUGUGACUACUAAUUCCACUUUUGCUUCCAUUAUAUUAAUACAUGCUAGAAGGGCUUAUAGUUCAUAUGUUAUAUAUUUUUGCCAAUGGGAAUCUAAGUUACUUUAUGAGAUUUAUUGUGUGCCUACAUAUGUACAUGUGUACUUCCAUAAUUAUUGUCGUACCCCUUAUUUAUAAUUUGGUCCAAAUUAAUUUAAUUUUGAGGUAUGUAUGUAUAAGCAAUGUGUCUUUGAAUUGAUCUGUGUAGUGUAACAAUUCGCAAAUUCAUUCAAGUACUCAUAUGUAUCAUAUCACAUGAUUGAUGCAUAUAUUCAUACAUCGAAUCCAAUCAAUGCCUAUCUAACAAGAAUGUGAAUCAUUAGUGCAUUAUAAAACUAUUAAUAUCAAUUCCAAGGUGCUUUAAUAAAAUAAAAUUUAAUAUCAACAUUA